GCUGCAGACGACCAGUAAUGACAAAUUCAAUUAUUUCGCCCGUGUUUGGCUGACACUUUUAAAGAAUGUUUUGUUUUCAUGGCUACACCAUGUAAUGAGCAUUGCCGUGAUAAGCAUGGAAAAGCCGUUUGUAGGGUAGCCAACCGGGAACGUCCUUGGCUAAGCUCCCUACCUUUCCCUCUUCGUUUCUCUCUGUCUCCGUUUGCCGCGUAACUAGUGAGGGAUUUUUUUUUUUUUUUUUAGGCCUACUCCGCGUGCUUAACGCUGCGUUGCGACAGUGAGCUGGUUUACUACGAAGAAUCGCAAACAAGCGGGCCAAGAUUGCGCGAGGUGAUUGCGCAAAAAAGAGCAACCGCGCGCCGCUUUCGUGAGGGUCGAUUAAUUUCGGUUCCGCUCCGUUUUCAAAAAGCCGCGCAACACGACGCUGCGAGCGUCUCGAUCGUGACUUCCGUGACGUCACAUCCGUCAACAAAAAGCACGCAUCAACAAACUGGCUGCGCUCGCUCUCUACGCUCGCUCAGCAUCGGCGCAGUUGACGGGCCCCUGACGGCGACGGCGCGGGGACCUGCGAGCGCGGAGAACGACCAGUCGCGCUUUAUUUUUGUUUCGGUUCGCUUCAUUUUGUUUUUCUCGUUUUGUUUUUCCUUCGCGCGGUGUCCGUCGGGUUUUCUUUGUUGCGAGUGGAGCGGGGACUGGUUAGACCGUCGGUGUGGUGCGAGUCGUCUUCGGCGGCCGAGAACGCCACGCGACGGACUUGCUCUCCGCUGAACGCGCUACCGCAUCAUCGAACAGCUGCGGUUUCUCGGGCUCCAAACGCUGCGGCCGCGAUGCCGUUCAUCGGUCGGGACUGGCGUUCUCCGGGCGAAGCCUGGGUCAAGACUGGAGAAGGCUGGGAAAAAAAGAAGAUCCUCGAGUUCUACUGUUGCGCCGACGAAAGUCUUGAUUCUUUGGAACAGCCUGCUGAAUACGACCUUCCGCCAUCGUCUCCACCAAACUUAGGGGGUGGAGAUGCAGGAAGCGGUGACGAGUGCCUGGACAUCGACGCCAAGCAGCGGCGCCUUUCUCAGCAGCCAUACUGCCAGAUCACACUAAAGUGCACACGAGAGGUUGCUGGCUACAACACCAUCAGUGAAGCGUUCCGUAGGCUAGACUUUCGCAAUGGCAUCAAAGAUGUGCGGCGGUUCAACUACAUCUGCAAGUUGCUGCACCUCUUGAUCACAGAAAACCUGACCACGCUGAGUGGAUGUGCAAGUCGGGUGCUGUUCACCAUGCUCGAGGAGGUGGCGUCACAAGUCGCUGACAGUCGUCAGAACACUCACAUUCUUCAGCUUCUCCUGGAAGACCUCGAGCGGACGCUGCGCAAGUACCACUGCUGGGGUCGGCCCCUGGGCUCGAGCCAGCUGUGGGAGCAGCACCUGCAGACCCUGCAGCGCAUCUGGAAUGUGCAGCGGCACAUCGACCUCUCCAACCCCAAGCCGGAUGACGACACGCCCCAGUUUCCCCAUCUGCCUCCCGAGCUGCUCAGGGAAGUUCUGCUACGUCUUGCCGACUACAGGGACCUGGCCAGCAGUGGAGAGGCGCACCCAGUGUUGGCGGCGCUGCUGCAAGAGGAGCACGUGUGGCGGCGGCUGUGCCUCUUCCACUUUGGGCCCCAGCUGGUGGAGCAGUGGCUGCAGCAGCCGCCAGAAAAGCUCGACGGCGCCCCCGGGUGGCAGCGCCUCUUCCACCGCCUCCGGAAGAAGCAUGGCCUCCGCGAGGAGUACGCAGAUAGCCUGCUGCUCUGCCGCUACUGUCGAUGCCUCUUCUGGAAGUCGUUUGGCCACCCCUGCCUCAACUCUUCACGAGAGGAGGCCGCGGAGGAGGCCAACAGUGGUGCUGUGAUGCCGACAAGCGCAUUGCCCAUGUGCAUUCCCGUCACCCCUCAGGCGUUUCUCCAGUUCUUCUCGCUGUGAAAGGUGGUGGUCUGCCAAUGCCAAUGUUGUUCCAGAACCAGAGCUGUUGCCGUUCCAGAGAACGGUGCUGGCAGCUGACGACGCAAGUGCUGCCACGGCAUCGGCAUGUCGUUUCCCUCCUGUCCACAUUGAAAAGGCAGCCUACUCAAUCUUGUUGUCUUUACAUUUUUUGGCUCUUAUCUUGUCAGCACUUUUGGUCAGAGUGCGUUGCAUGCCCGCAGAAGGGGCAUGUCAGGUUUUUUGUCAAGUUGGAAAAGGGAGUCGUUCUUGCCACGGUGUCAUUCAUUGGUGUUGCUUCCGGACAGCAUUACCUUGUCACUAUAUGCAGGCUUGGAGCUAGGAUUGUUCCUUUGCGGUGUUUGGUUAUAACAUGUUUUACGUGUUACCUGGCGCGGUGCAGUUGUACCAGGCUGUACUGUAGUCACAUAUCAGUAAUCAUUGUCAUUCUCUCAUGAAAUCGCUGGCUUUAGUGCUGUGUGGCAGAUGCCUUUAUGUCGGCAACACUUUCAUGCAUUUCUCUUUAUCAAGAGGACUGUAACCUAGAAUGCCAUUAUACUGAAAGGAAGUGCACCUUAAAAUAGUGAUGAUUACUUUUGUCAUGUAAAAAUUAGAAACAUGCACUAUCCUGUCUAUAUUGCAGCCAUCUGGUCUUACAGACAAGGCAGUGUACAUUCAUGGCAUGCAUGAUGUUAUUAGAAAGCAUGUCAAGUGUCUCCUACCAUUUGGAGAGCAAUAGCCUCAUUUUUGAAGGACUCGUUGGUUGAAUAUGUUACUGAAAAAUUAGUCAGUUAAAUUAGUCUGACAACUCAUUCAAAAUUGAUGCCAUCUAGGACUGUAUUUUCAGCCUGUCACUUUUGGGGAUUUCACUCUCAGUGCAUGUACCAUUGGAUAAGCCGGCAUACAUCUUUGGAUGCUUGUCCCUCCAAAUGAGGCAUCGUAUUGGACGUUGAGGCAUGCAAAUGAGAAUGUGUUCCUGAGUGUAAUUGAUCAAUAACAUACAUCCCAUCUUUUUAUAUAUAUAUAUAUAUAUAUAUGUACAGUUUACUGUCGUUACAACGGACCCUGAUAAUCCUACAAAAAAUGUCCGUAAUAUCAAAAGUCCGUAAUGUCAAAAGUUUGGAAUAUCCAAAACGCCUCACUUCCGAAAUUUUGGUCGCGAUGUCUAACAACGUUAUCACAAAAAAUUAGUGCUGAACGUGCAAAGUAAAAAACAAACAAAGUCGCAGUUUUGCCCAACAGGCGAAACAUUGAUUGUGAGAGCAAAUUAGUAGACAGCUAUGUGAAGUAAGGUUUUAGCUCGCUCAAUAACCGCGGAAAGUCACUGUCAAAAAGUUGGAGUGAGUAAGCGCGGCAGCAGCAGCAAGUGAAUUGACCUUCGUGCUAUCUUGCUUGAACGCGAACUAAACGUCGAAAGCACAGCACAUACGAAGCUACCGGCACUAGGCAUACUUUGUCCACAUCGCAGGUCGCUUUCAAUAUAUGGCAGCCGUGUCGUAAGCAGCAGCCACCAGAGAAGAACCCCCCCCCCUAUUCCUUAACACCUCCGGUUCCUCGCGCGCGGAUGAAGACUACAUGUUUAUGCCCCGCCUACCUCUCUUGUGCAUGCGAUAUUGAGCCGCAAUCGUUGGCUGACCCUCGCAAGUCAGAUGUCGGCCCGUGUCGACAUGGCAAAAGUGUUUUAUACGCCUGACUUUGAAAAAAAUUACUGCUAAUUUCGUCUGCUGUAGCUGAUAGUCCGUUGUAGUGUGGUUCGUUAAAAGCGAACUUCGUUGCAUUAAUAAAAUAGGUAGAAUAAACUAAAGUUGAAAUAUGGUCUGUUAUAUCCGAAAAUCUGUUGUGUACGGGUUCGUUGUAACGAGCGUAGACUGUAUCUAGGUAGCUAAAGCUUGUUGCUGGGUGAGUUGGUCAUAUAGUUUGUUGCCGAGUUACUGGAGCCAAGGGGACACAUAGAAUAACGCUCAGUGUUCUCAUCUACAUGUCAUGUACUUCAAUUGCGUCAAUACUUGCCAGCUCGUCUAAAGUCGAACGUCUUUAUAAUCCAGUACUCACGGCCUCCGAAAUCAUUUCUUGCACAGGUCACUUCGUUGUAAAGGUCGCGCACUGCGCAGCUCAUGAUAGAACCGGGACAGAAAUAUUGCUUCUUUAUUCAGGUCAUAUUGUUGUACAGGUGCUGGACUGUGCCUGUUUAGUAUGACAGUAAACUAAAAUUAAUUCAAUGAAACCUGUAGGUUCCACUGAGACAUGGCCCUGCAAGCCUACGUAACAUUCCUUUAAGAAGUUGUAGUUUGUGCUAUGGGUAGUGUUUUGAACGUUUGCGAGUUGUGAUAUCUGUACUGGUCAAUAAUGUCAAUACUGAAUGGCACUCCUGCUUAAAAGUCUAGUUGAGGGUCUAGGUUAUAGAUUUCUGAACGUUAAACAAAUUUGCGUGUAGCAAGGCUGCACUUUCACUGCGCAGGGUCAAUAACGUUUUGAUGAAGUGUUUCGUUCCCAGAAAAUUCAUUGUUUAAGUCAUUGCCUGCCGUGAAAAGGAAAGAGGUUCUGUUAAGUGUCGAAAGUUCUAUGUUUUCUUUAUCCUAGUCUGUUAUGGAACAUGCCUGCAGCUUUUACUGGUGCAUAUCAAGGCUGCUACUAGAGUGAACACAGCCAAAGAAAAACAGUUAAAAAACAAAGAAUGCAACAAGAUGGUUUAACAUUGGAUCUCGGCAGAAACGCUGGCAUCUGACUCCGCAUGUCAGUGCUGUGGGGUAGAGGUUAUGUUGGAACCUUCUCCCAGCAUUGUAAAAUUGGAAGCCAGUGGAAUGGAAUCGUGGCAAUAGCGCCGCCUGAAACUUGUUUCCAACUGAGCCCCUGUUAUGAUCACCGGUGCUUUAGAGUUUGUACAUAUGUAUGUAGGUUGGUAUAUGAGCUAUAUUUUCUAUACAGAAAUCUUAUUUCAGUAUUUAAAAGGUAUAAAAAAUAAUGAACUUAAAAAAAAUGUAUAUUCAUACAUUUGUCUGCAAGCUGAGAGUGUUCAGUGGAGCAAAGAAAGGAAUGAACACAUCAGCGCUGUGGAACGCGAGCUGUUGAAUGUUGAAGAGUUUGUGUGAAAUGUAAAUGUUGAUGAAACUUGCAUUCCCUCCCCACCCCCCUCUUUAUUACCUUUUUUUUUUUUUGUCAGUUACUUCUCGUAGCUCUCUACACUCCAAUCCCAAAGGGAAAGAGUAGCUUGCGAUUAAAGGCAAUCCACUUGAAUUUUGGUCCACUUCGCAUGGUAUGUUGCGGACAAAAUGGCGGUAUGUAAGAACUGAUGUGUAGUAACAGUAGCUGCACAGCUGUGUGCUGAAGAUUGAGCAAUGUGGCCCUCAGCUUUCCAUUAUUUGCCACACAAAUGUUUGCUGUGCAUAUCCUGAAACAAUGCUUGCACCCAAGGAACAGCAACUGCUAGUGAUGAAUCUUCCGUGCUUUAAGAGCAGCAAAUGAGCUGUGGUCUGUUGCGCUGGCAUCUUUCCGCGCACCUAUGCAAUGCAUUGACAUAACUUCAGCCGCCACUUACAGCUAGAGCACCAGGAAAGGGAGAGCCACACAUUAUUGUGCUCCCUAUCACAGUGUACUGGACUGUACAAACAAAUGUAAGCUUGUGGGGUCGUGCUAGAGGACACAGACUGUUAUUGAGGCACACAAAGACAUACUUGCGAAGACCUCACCAAGAGUCUGUGUCUUAUCCACGCUUAGUAUGAAUUACCAACUCGGCCAUAGAAGCAGCACUCUUAACCCUUUGUGGUCAUGAGCAUUUAUCCAAUUUGUGGUCAUUCCAGAUUUCACACGUUUCAAUGCCACACAGAAAAAGUUUUUGGGUAAACAAAGGCAUGCUAAGUGAUUUAUUUCAGAAAAAAUUUGGGUAUUCCCGAGGCUCUCAACAGUGCUUGAGUAGUGUGUAGUGGGGCUCGAAGCACUCUCCUGGCUGGAGGCCAGGAUUUACACUGCAGAUCUCUAGGAACCUCAUUGUUGCUUUCUUCUAAAGUGCUGUCAUUCGAGGAUGUUUUCUGACCACCGGAAGGUGAACUAUAUUAAUCCUCGGCCCUAGAAUCAUCAUCUGAUUCACUGAACUUGGAGGAAUUUCUCCCACAAGAUGCAUGUGCCGAAGACGUCACGGUUCUGUCAAUGUUUCACUCCAGGAAUUUCGCAAAAAUUUCCUCAAGCAAUGAAGAAAGGGAAAAGAAGUGCUGCCUUCAUCUGACGACAUUAUGAAGUGCAAAACUAGUCAAAAAAGUUUCAGAAAGCUAGCGCUACCAACCCAAAUAACCAGCGAACAUGAGCACGCAUGCAUAUUGGGUGCUUUGUGACCUGUGGCCAAAACCAAUAUUUUAACACAAAAGUGUUUUAUGCGGGGCUCCACCAUCAACUUCCUGUUAUGGCUGUGACAUCAACAGAAACACGUAAAAUAUGCUUUCUUGACAGAAAUGGUGCCGCCAUCUAGGAGCGGUGAAGCGAAAUAGUGCAUCAUGACACUAACGAGCGCCAACAGUGAGCGCUUUGGUAGACUUCGGAGGCUCCAACAUGGUGUAGCCUGGUGUAGGCAGUGUAUGCCUUCUGCUGAGGUGAUGACACAGUUUCCAACAUUAUUUGUCUUUUGCAUCCGAUUAGCCUUCGAUGCCUUGUCGCCUACAGAGUGCAGCUUCAGCAGGCAUCAGCAGUGCUUACACACCAUCUACUGCUUCACUUGCGAUGACACCAAGAAAACUGCUGUGCUAAUCGGCACAGAAAGGCAACGACGUCAACAGGUGAAUCUCUCUUUGAUUUGGCAAGAGACACUGCCAGCAUGAAGUAGAACGCUUUCGCUGCAAACUCUGCCACUCGCAUUCCUGAAGCUGAGCGCGUUGCAACUCAACUGGCUGCACAGGACAAUACGGAGCCGAACCAAAAUGCUCGUACUUUCGCCGAAGCAACUCUGCAGCAUGACGCCGCGUGCCAACAGGACAGGACACCGCACGCCAAGCAAACCUGCAACACGGUUGCCAACCCGCAAAUCGUGAGCCUUUCGCUGCAACGGAUUGUGAGUUCAUGUAGCAAACAUGCCACAGCUAUGUAAAGACACGUUUCACUUUCGUGUUCUACCGAUUCCUAUGAAAGGGAUCAACCAUAACUUUUUUUUUUGCGUGGCAGGAAGGGCCCGACAUAUGAUCACGAAGGGUUAAGUGUGAAUGUGAAGAAGAUUGAAAAACAUUAAAAUGUACUGGGAAAUGCUGAAAAUUUUAGCCAUCAACAGAAUAAUCACUGUUGGCAAGAAUUUUUUGUUUGAAAAUUGCAUUAUUCACGGUCUGCAAGCACAUGAGGCAAAAUAAAGUACACUGAAAUACCCGAGUGGAAGGGUGCGGAAGCUUUUAGUCUAGACAUGAGAGGAAAAGCUAUUAUGCUCGCAUUUAUUCAACAUUCACUAGUGAGGCAGUUCUAGCAGCUGGACAGUUGCAGGUCAUGUAUUUGCUACAAGACCUUGUGUACAUUCUAAAAAAAAAAAAAAUGUAAUCUAAAACAGCAGGUGCCAGUUCACUGCAAAGAACUACUACAUGUAUGAGGACGAGAAUGUACGAAAUGAAUUUGUCUCUCACAAUAUGUUGCUUAAAGGACCCCCCUCGCCAGAUGGAAAAAUUUGGUUAUGCAGUCUGAAGGUUUUAAAGCACCAUCCAGGAAUUGUUCUGAAAAAAAAAAAAAAAGGUUGUUUAAUAAUAGCAGAGAUGGAAGCAGAUGAAAUAUACCAGGGUGGUGGUGCGAGGAGGUCAACUCCCCCCUCAGCAGAGGCUCUCUAACGUUGCCUUGACCACUGUACACAAGCGACAUUCCUUCCUUGCCUUUAGCCAUAUCAAAGCCAAAGGCUCACAAAAUGUUUGUCAUGGUCCCUGCCUCAUUUGUUUUUCUUCGCCUUCCUUCAUUAUUAUUGUUAUUAUUUUUUUAUCACUGCAUAGUGCAUUUCUUAUGGCCGUCUUGGGCACUCUGCUAUUCGUGGGGAUCCCCAAACUGUUUGUGUUGCUCCUGGAUAUUUGUACGGCACAGUGUGUGUGAUACAGAGGCAGCUGCCUGCGAUGUCGUCAAUGCUGGCAGAGGGAGUAGCACCUCUGAGAAGAACAGGCGUGGGCUUUCAUUUGAAUUUUUGGCUGUUUUUGCAGCGUACAUUUGUGUAGUACUUGGCAGUAACAAUCACCACCAUGGGAUCUAUGCACUGUAGAGCUUCCUACAAAAAUUACUAGAGGGAACUGCUGUAGCAAUUGUUCAGAUAGUGCAGGAAUAGUGGCUUUGCCUAAUUUUCGUGUUUGUGGCUUCGUACGCUCUUGUGGCGUUAUUUCUCAUGCUUUCUUUAUCUCUCCAAGUUUCCAAGAAAUCUUUAUAUUUAUUUUUUUCUGAAUGCAUGAAGACAAUAAGCUUCUCCAACCAUAAUCAUUGCAAAUUGUCGUACUUAUAAUACAAUAUUUAGUCGAAAAUGACGAAUUUGCAAAGUCGCAACGCCACUUCAAGCCAUUAGGACAAAGUCAUGCAAAUACACUUUCUACCCGUCAUUUCCAUGCUAGCUUAACCGGCUGUAUUUGCAGACAUAUAGUGGCAGAGUUCUGUCUUGUAUUGUAAUUUUUAUAGGAAACUCUGUGCCAUGAAUAAUCUGUUUUGCAAUGGCCAAACCUCUUUGGGGCCUUUGAGUGGUAUGGUUAACUAAAUGCUUGAACCACGCUGCGUUAAAUGGCAGUGCCUCAGUCCCACAAUGCAGUGUGACAUUGUUUUCUCCUGCUGGCUUCUAGUGUAUGUUUUUAAGGUCCCUGUAAGGUCUUGCUGUGAUUCCUCGACGGAGCAUCAGAAACUAGCCGGCUUUCACUUCUUCGUCGAGCUGACGGCACAGGGUUGGCAAUCUUUAUUCCUAACUAGCUCCUUGUUGUGUUUUACUGUGUUGCUUUGCACAUUGUUAGCAGCACCUUUAUUCAACACACGUGCUGUCUCGGGAUUUGUUACUUUGUGGAAGCGUAGCCUUCCCUUCUUCUCACUGUAGAUCGCACUGAAAUAUUAUCAAAGACAAAGGUCUAGAGCUUUUAGCCACAGGCUAUAGUUUUGUUGUUUUCUUGGCACAAGAAGACAAGGGAAAGCCUUGGCAUGUUUUUGCACCAAACUGUGUGUACACAGCAGAAGCUGCUGUUGUGCCAACCUUGGCUCGUGUUUGAGCAUACCAAGAAAAUUGCGUUCCCGUGAAUUUGACAGGAGAGACCAGUUAAAUGUAGUCCUGGCAAGUUGGAUACAUGGAGCUCAACAAAAUGUCACGAGUUUCCAAAGUGGUGCAAUGCAAAGGUCACAAUUUUAGAAAUAUGGAAUUCUUACGUCGUGUAUCUGUGCUCGAUACUAGCAGCUCGGGCAUCAAGUUGGCAACUACCGUUUGUAAGUUGCAGAACUGCUCGAAAUUUGUGCUGUUGUGAGACUAGUGCAGUAAAUACAAGUGAUUCUUUCCUUGGAGUUGUAAGAGAGAGAGAAUUCUGGUAGAUGUGUGAUACACAGCAGGUGAUUUGUAAGACACUGCUUCGGCUGCCUAUGUCUCCUCAGCAUUUCGAUCGUGCUGGACCCUCUCUUUGCAAAUUUCUGUGCAGUGCGUGAAUGUAAAGUCCGCGAACAGUGUGGCCUGAUAACUCUCUCAUCCCAAGUCAACUUAUACAGUUGUCUAGUCAAAGUGGCAUAUCCAAUGUCCUUCUAAUGACAACGCAACUCUUUCCCACCACAUAGAAGAGCCUCCACCCAAAUAAAAGCUUUCUUUCUUUUUUUUUAAAUGGAGCACAGUGUGAAGAUGGCUGUUGCUUCGUGCAAACAACCAAAUAUUAUCAAGCUGGUUUUGGAUUUCUUAAUUUAGACAGCUUUCUGUGAAAGUUACUUGUUGUUGUUUGUCAUUGAAUGUGCUAAGAUGAAGUGGUAUGUACCCGUGUGAACAAGGAGUGGAAACUUCUUGUGCAGCUUGAUCUGUUAUAUGACUAUCUCAUUUUGGUUUGAUGUUAGAGGUGAAUUUAGGUGAUAGGUGGAUACAUGUUAUUUUUGUCCAACACUUUUAGAUUUAGUCUUUCUUAAUUUUAGUCCCUAUAGGUCUUAGAGUAUACUCAUUGACUGCAUAUAUGGCUGUCAUUUUUGUUUGUACAGUGUUUACAGUUAAUUAUAGUUGACUAAUAUGCCUAGAGAAUAGUUAAUUACAUGUUAAGGCAGCUUUUCUGCCUUUUCAGCUCGAGUGUGGAGUGGAUAUCAAAAGCAGUUCUCUACAAAAGAUUGUUUUAUCAAAUGUGCAAUUGUCUGCUGAAGUGUUUUGCCUUCGAAUCCGUCUUUAUGCUGUGUAAUCAAGUUGGAUAUGGUCUAUACAUAACUUAUGUUUCUAUGUGUAUAAUAUAAACUAAUCCCGUACUGCCUUGCUGACACGUGCUUGUAUGUUGCCAGCUUACUAGGUGUGAUGCAGUGCCUAUGUGUACAGAUAAACAAUGCAUACAUUGUACAGUUUAAAUCAUAUUUCUUCUUGGUUUCUUUUUCGUGGAUACUUAUAUUUUUUUCUCCCAAAUAUAUUUCUCCGAAAUGUCUGUCGACCUAUAAUGUUACUUCAACAAGUCAUGUAUGUGAUCCAAGCUGGUAAAUGCAUAUAUAUAUAUAUAUACUCAAAAAUAUAUUUUGCUUUAUGGUAUUAUAUGUUUUAAAAAAUAAAGCGUAUGUCUCUACCAUCAAA